AUGACUUCCAUAUAAUAAAAUUCUCAAGUAGAGGGACCUUAGGAAUAAAUGAAGAAUAAUACUCCAACAUCACCAAUAGACUCCGAUUCCUCCGAUUCUUCGUAUGAUUUCGUGAAGGAUGUGAAUUAAAAGUCCUAUCUGAAAAGAACUAUUGAAGAAGAUUAGGAACUUCUCUCAAAAUAUAAAGGCAAGCACGGGCUAAAGUAUUAAAAAAUAUCAAAUGAGUAACGAUAACAACUAAUCAAAUAGGUAACAACUACAGGCUGUAUGAUAAAACAUGCUGCCCGAGAUUUGAAUAUUAAUUUCUCGACUGCUAAGGCUAUCAUGCAAAUUUUUAGAAGGGAAGGUAGAAUGUCCAAAAAAAGGAAAAGGUGUACUGCUUAGUCAGAAUUUAAAAACCCCGAGAUAUUAAUUUAAGAUGUUAAGGAAGGUCUAAAAAGUCAAUUUGGAUUGAUGAAAGAGGAAUAAUGCUAGUAGAGACUAAAUAAUGUGCAGGACAAUUUGGAUACAAUUCAUUUUCAAUAAAUGGAGGAGAAAAAUAGAAAUUAAGCUAUUUUUAUAUAAUAAUUAAAAACAUAGGUUAGAAACUUAAAUAAAUUUUAGAAUUUCUAUUUAUAAGGGAGAGCAAAUUAAUUAUAACAGGAGAUAUAAUAAUUGAAUUAAAAUUAUUCUUAUUUGCAAAUUCAGUAUAAUCAAUAGCAAUAAAUGGUCAGAUAUGCAAUGCCCCAAUAUUAACAGUAGUUUCAAUUUUGA